AUGCCUGUUCUUCUGGUCUUUGUGACAGUCACAACCUACGGACAGGAAGGAGCAGCCGACGAUGGACCUAGAUUUCGAUUCCCGGCGCCACAUCGCUACGACCUGGCUACAUGGUGUGAAGAGAAGUACUACCCAGACGAUAAAGACGGAAUGUUUAAAAGCCCCAACUAUCCACUCGAGUACAACAGCGAUGAAGAGUGUGUCUAUAGCUUUGAAGCUGCUGAGAACGAGGUGAUCGAGCUGGUCUUCCAUUCAACCUUCAACGUAGAGGGCUCAGCAGGAUGCGAGUAUGACUACAUCGAGAUCCAUGACGGUCGCUAUGGUUACUCACCUCUCGUCACCCGUGACUGUGGUCACAUCGCUCCUCCUAGGAUAGUGUCCUCCGGAAAUCAUCUUCUCAUGUUCUUCAUCACCGAUAGUUUGCUGGUGGAACAAGGCUUCGCCGGGAUGUUCAGGUAUCUGCCAGCUCCAACUAGACCUCAAGCAACAAAUGUUGCGACCAAAGGAACAUACGGACCUGAAGAAUGUUUCUUUUCGAUAGAGGGUCACGAUGGCGAGAUCUCAUCACAGGAUGUUUUCAGGAUUCUAGAUGAAGAAAAGAGAUGGCCCACCAAGAUCGACUGUACAUGGGAGGUCACUGUCCCUCCUAAUAACAAGAUAAUGGUCGAGUUUGCGGAGUUCUCACUGCAUUAUGUCAAUGAGUGCUACAUGAAUCAAAUCAUGAUAUAUGAUAAGUAUGCCUGGGAUUUGAAGAGAAUGAAAACCUUCUGCAGCACGUCAGCUCCGUCCAUCAUGACUACCAGUAACAGGGCUUAUAUCCGCUUCCAGGCUCACAGUCGGAGUGUCAAGAACUAUUGGAAGAUCGUCUACACGGCCUACAGAGAUUACGAGUGCAACGAGACAGCAUCGUUCACAUGUGGUCAGUACAUGUGUAUUAAUCGUGACUUAGUGUGUAACGGAAGACAGAACUGCUAUAACAACGCAUAUGAUGAAGAUGAUUGUGAACCGGAGAACCCCACUUCGCUGCUGAAUGGAAAAAUUGACGCCGUGUUGGGAUGCAUGAUGUCCAUAAUCUUCCUCGUCACCCUCAUAACCAUCUGCCUCACGUGUCGACAUUCAUGGCUACGAACUCGUGAACGAGCCAAGGCGAUGUCGACACGACGGAAAGCUGAGAAACAAGCCGUACAAUAUAUGAUGGACAACGAAGCAAACGCAGACGCACAAGAACUAAGUCCAAUGGGAGAGCGCGAAACUACUAAUUACACAGUGUGGAACAAGCCCAAUAAUUUGGCAGACGAUAAUUUCGUUUCUUGUAAUAAUACGUCGUCUUCGGCUAGUCGCCAUCUUGGGACGGGCAGGGCUUCGCUGACCUCACAAGUGAGUGAUUAUGUAGAGCAUAUGAUGGAUAGGAUAGGGAGUGUUCAUGGACAAGGUAGUGGAGGGAACAGCGAAGGAAGGCUGACCCGAGCUAAUGCCAAUAAUGUGUGGACAAGACAAUCAUUUAGCGACCACCCCAGGACGGUUCAUAAACAUCCUACCAAGGAUAUACAAGUUCAUGUGUAAGACUUCUUCAAACACCUAUGAUUAUGUAAGCUUCAUGUGUGUAUAAACCAAUAUUGCCAAAUUAAACUUGAAGACCGAGAGGGAAUCUUGGGCAUCCUUGCAAUUUUGAUAAAAGUAGCGAACUUCCAUUAUAGAUAACCAUCUCUUACCAAAUAUUCCUCCUAUUUAUCACGUCUUGGUGUUGUCGUAUAUUUAUCGUAUCCUCUCUUCCAAAUCGUAGUUUGUUCGUGAUGUGGUCGGAGAUAUAUCGUGCAGCCAAGCCUUUCAAGCAUAAUCUGUGCGUGUGCGAACCUCAAGAGAAUUGUGUGCAAAGGUGCCGAGACCGAAUGGUUCUUGAAGUCCGUAUGGAUUCUUAAUUCAUAAUAGAAAGCUGUCCGUAUAGGUACGAUGCUAGAUACAAGACUUGUAGGAUUCGAGGAAGUAUUUUAUGAUUAUUGACGAAUGUUACAUGUUAGAAUCUGAUUAGUGCGUUGAUGGUAUAAACGCUUCGUUUUAACGUUCGCAGGGAGGUGUAUGACACAUCGAAGGUCAGACGGUGACGCCGAUGCUUCGCCAUCGCACUCAUCAACAGAGCAUGUGGAUGAUUUGUGGGAUUGCGGGAUGCACGACCAUAAACUAACACGAACAAUUACCCCCUAUUUACCUCUUCAUGAUUUGAGCUGCAUUUUAACGGACAACAUUGAUUUUAUAUGUGGACCAAAUUGACGAGAGUCCGUCUGAAGAAAACUCACCGAAGAUGGAUGCAAUCGAUGUUCUAAUUCUUUUGUCUUCUUAAAGCUUACUCGCUCAGUUCAUCUGAUUUCAUAUAGUUCAUCCAUUUAGUUCAUCUGAAAAGAAGAUGGAUCAUACUAACAAUUAUCUC